CUUGUUUACUUGCUCAUGUUUUAAAUAGUGGAGGGAGGUUUAAGCACUAUAUCUAUUAUUAUUGCAAGAGAACGUAAAGAUUGCAGUUCACCUGCGUCCACCUCGGUGUUUUGUCGUGUUAACAUAAAAUCAUUAUAAUUAUUUACGUGUGAAAAUAUUUUCAUCAAUAUGGAACGAAAAUUUGUUAACGUUAUCCUUCUGGGAUUCGGUUUUAUGUUCGUGUUUACGGCAUUUCAGACUAUGGGAAAUAUAGAGAAAACCAUACUGGACAGUAUAACGCAGGAUGACAGUACGUUCACCGGAGAUGGGUAUACGUCCCUGGCGAUUAUUUAUGCUACCCUGGCUAUUUGCAACUGGUUGGCGCCGUCCAUCAUCACAAUCACGGGCCCUAGAGGGGCCAUGCUCAUCGGUGCUGUCACUUAUUUGUUCUUCAUAGUGACGUUCCUGUUUCCGCGCACGUGGCUACUGUACGUGGCGAGCGUGAUGAUCGGCGCCGGCGCAGCCGCCAUAUGGACCGGCCAGGGCAACUACCUCACGCUCAACAGCGACGCUGACACCAUCUCGAGGAACUCUGGAGUGUUCUGGGCUAUGCUGCAGUGCAGCAUGUUCUUCGGCAAUCUGUUCGUGUUCAUCAAGUUCCAAGGCAAGACCCACAUCGACGUGGAGACGCGUAACGUUGUUUUCGGCGCCCUGACCGGCGUGUGCGCGGUGGGCAUAGUGUUCCUGUUGCUGCUGCGCCCCACGCGGCGCGCGCCGCCCGCGCUCGACGAUGCCAAGGUUGAGAUAGUAACUCACGACGCGGAAGGGCCUCUGGAGGCGUUCAAGGGCGCUCUGAAGUUGUUCUGCACGAAAGACAUGCUCUUACUGAGUAUCACCUUCAUUUAUACCGGCAUCGAGUUGUCGUUCUUCAGCGGCGUGUACAGCCCUAGCAUCGGAUUCACGCUGCAGAUGGGCGAGAAUGCCAAGCAGCUGGUCGGACUCUCUGGUGUCUUCAUCGGAAUGGGAGAAGUUCUCGGCGGAGCGUUAUUCGGUAUCCUGGGCAGCAAGACGACCCGCUGGGGCCGUGAUCCGAUCGUCAUCAUGGGCUACGUCAUCCACCUAACCAGCUUCUUCCUGAUCUUCAUUAACUUGCCGAUGGUGGCGCCGUUCGGGGACACCAACGAGAUCUCGUACAUCAACCCAUCGCCGUACCUGGCUAUGUUUUGCAGUUUCCUGCUGGGAUUCGGAGACGCUUGCUUCAACACUCAGAUCUACUCGAUACUGGGUGGAAACUAUUCUGAUAACAGCACGUCUGCCUUCGCAUUGUUCAAGUUUACUCAGUCUCUGGCGGCGGCGGCGUGCUUCUUCUACUCGUCGAAGGCGCUGCUGUCGGUGCAGCUCGUGGUGCUGGCGGCGCUGGCGUCGCUCGGCACGGCGGCCUUCUGUCGCGUGGAGUGGGCGGCGCGCGCCCGCGCCCGCGCCGCGCCCGACGACGACAAGCCCGCCGCCGCGCACGCGCUCGCCGACAACGCGCUGCACUACGACUGAACGCGCACGACACUCAGGGCCCUUAUUCUGUAUGAUAGUGGAAACGCGUAACGCGGCCGUGUCAUGUUAUUUUCGAGAAAUGUGCGUGGAAUAGUAUUCUGUGAGCUAAAUUUCUAUAGUCCUAAACAUGAUGCGUUGUGUUACAUGCUUGUUACGCACUGUUAAAAUAACGUGGGGGAUAGAGAAUAAGGCCCCAGGUACGGUUAACUAAAUUGUGUCAAUACGGUUGAUGCGCGAUGGAAGAGUUCAUAUUAGUAGUUAGAAAUUUCGUAAAUAUCUUAUCAAUAUAUUUUUUUCUUCAACAUAAAAAUGUUGUAAAUAGAAUUUUCAACUCCAUUCCAACCUUUAGUAUUUUUGUAUAAAUUGUAAAUUUUGUUAGAGAAUCAGCGUAAUUUCCGAAUGUAAUGGUUCAUCAGAAUGUAACAAUCUAACAUUAAUUGUUUUUACAACAUAUAUGAUAUUUGUUAUAUAACAUUUUUUUUUGUUUAAGAUCAACUAAACUUGUAGAUAAAAUGAAUUUCAUAUCGGUUCGAUAAUGACCCAGCAUCUAUUUUCCAAACAUCGAAUAAUACUCGAAUAAUAAAUUAAAACAAAAUUUGUGUUUACUAAACAAGUAGCUUGUAUUUGGCUGCUAAAACAAAUAUUGCGUAAAUUAUAUGCGGUGAUAUUUUACCCGUGAUUUUUAAAUGAUAUUAGUUUUGGUACUUAAUUUGAAUUAGAAAAUGCGAUAUUAUUUAUAUUAUAAAUUUCGCAUAUUUCAAUUUUGAUGAAGGUGGAAAGACGCCGUCGAAAUCGUAAACAUAAGAAAUCGAAUUUAUUCGGUAGGGCAUGAUUGAAUCAUGAUAUUGUAAAACAAUUAUUAACGUAGAAUAUAUAAGUGUAUAGAUUUGUAAGUAUUAUUAUCACUAUUGGACAUAAAAACUUUCCAAUCAUUUUAGUAGAAAAAUCGAAUAGAUUUUGUUGCCUUCUAUGUAUUGGGGAUAGCUAACUUUACUUAAACCUAUAAAAUUAACAAUUUAUGAGUCAAUUUUGGCCCGUUAUUAAAGUUUUAUUUUAUGACUCCAUUUUAAUUUAACAAUUUAUAAUAUUAUAAAUUUAUUAUCCGUCUAUUAUUUACCCUUUAUAUGCUUAUUAUAUAAUUAUCGAAAAUAAAUUUCGAUAUAAGAAAUCAAUUCUUUUUGUACAUUCCCAUAGAUUUUUUUAUUGACUAAGGCCUAAUUGUAAACACCAUUUAAUGGUGUGGAGAUGUUUUACUUCUGUAUGUAAGUCUAAAUGUAGAAUACGUCAUUUCAAAAGAUUUCUUUUUAUAAUUCUUAGAAAUAAAGUAGGAAAAUGUUCAUAAUUGCACAAAGAAAAAUAAUGUUUCCGCAGUUCACUGGAAAUGAAUCAAAUAGCUUAUUAUGAUUAAAGCGAUAGAGGUGGUUUGCACCAAGGCCUGAAUUUUUUAUCAUCACAUAAAAUUUAUUAAUUAAAAUAAUGAACUAUAAUUCGAUUGGAUUAGAAAUGUAACUACCGAAUUUAUUUUAUUAAAUACAAAUGUUCUUUUUAUUUUAUACUAUAAAUAACUGUUAUAAGAUUAUUAAACAAUCAGCUCCUAAUAGAACUAUUGCAAGAUGAGACUAAAUUAAGUUUUCUUGUUUAAUCUUUUAGAUUAGUUCGAUUCGAUUCGAUUUCGAUUAGAAAGCGUCACAAUUAUAAAACACAAUCAUAUUUGCCGUAUUUAUGUUAGAUUGUAAUGACGGAGUUACGUAUUUUUAUUAUAUUUUACUUAAUUAAAAAGUAUUAUCAUAAUUAAUUCCAUGGAUUAGUUGUAAUUCAGCACUGUAAAAAGGAUUUCAUUGAAAAUACGAUUGGUAACUACGUGUGGCUGUGUAUGCUAAGAGUAGGUAGGUUUGUUUUUUAAUUUUUGCAUCAGAUCAAACAAUAUUAUCAAAUUUUGAGAAAGCAAAGCUGAUGGUGAGGUUCUAAAACCUUCAUGCAGUCAUGGCGGCGUGCAAGCCGAAAUUUUUGUCGACUUUGAAAUAACGUCUUUUACGGUAAUUAUAAGUCAGUGACGGUUACAUUUGCAAUAAACAAAAUCAAUCGCUUUUUCCGAUCUAUCUCAAAAUUCCGAUCUUUCUAUUUGAUUAAUUUCGUUACGUAAUGACAAAUUAGUUUUCUCUGAGACUCGACGAGCAUCACUGCUCGGUGUCGUAAAAUUUAUGCCAUUUCUGAUUUUGGCUUACAGGAGUUGUGGUGGGUGUGAGGGCGGGAAAGUCUCUUUCUCAAAAAUUUACCAAUCACAACCAUUUUUACACGCUUACAAAUGACUUAUUUGGAUUGGUUCAAUUUCGGGAUCGGAUUGAAGAUUGAGAUUGGGAUCGUUUAUUAAAAUGGUUCUAACGACACGCUACUAGGUCAUGACUCCAGUACAAACUAGCACUUUUUUGCGCCUUCACCCAGAUUUAUGUCUGUUCCUGGUAUCAUAAUUCGUUUUGGAAUAAAUUUCGUACUCAGUUAUGUUGUAGCAACCUAUUACGUGUUCUGCGUUACCAGAUAUUAAACUCCUUCAGGAACAAGUCUAAGGCUUUGUGUUAUACAUAUUGUAGUGCAGAAUUUUAGUAAGUAUUCUCGUUUGAUGUGAUGUAAAAAUAUCUUUGUGUAUAUGAUCGGAAGGUGCUGUUGUUAUUGUCUGAAUAUGUAAAUACCCGCUUUGUAUAUAACAUGGAAAUAGUAAUUUAUAAAUAAAAUAAAUGUAUUUCAGAAUGUUUCGUUUGUGAAUUAAUAUGACAUUGGAAUUUUAAACAAAUUUAUUUCAUUUACAAAUAAAAUAUUCAUUUCGCUAAGUGAAGAGAGAACGCAAAGUUCCAAAUUGUUGCAGGAGUGUACAUUUUGUAAAAAUAUUAUGCUUUUUAAAUGACUUCCAAAGUCUGCCACCUAAUAAAAACAAAAAUAUAUAAUUUUAAAAUUACAUUUCUUAUGAUUGUUUUAAGUUGUUAUUCCAUUAACUCCAUUUAUUUUGUAAACUUUCUUUAUAUAUAACUGUUAUAGAUGUAAUAAUUAGUUGUAGUCCUGAAAAUCAUGAAUGUUGUAUAUCUUUGAAAAUCAAAUAAAUUAAUGUAAUACCUAUAUAAUUUAUUGAUGGAAUUUCUAGUAGUAGUCAGAAUUAUCAAUACAUUUACAAAUUUACAGUGUUUGUAAGAAAUUUAAGUGUAUAUGUAUUAUUUUAUUUUUGUAUAGAUUUUAUAUUUGAAGCUUUUCUAAUCAUGUACUAAGAUUAAGUUUAACCUCUUGGACCGAAUUAUUUGUUUUACAUAGUUUCAAUGAAUUGAAUGAUAAUUUUUGGAAAGCUGCUUUUAAAAUUUACAAUAAUAUUGUUGAAAACACCUUUGAAAAAAGAUUUUCACGACAAAUAUUCUGUAAUGGAAUUAUAAUUUGCCUGUAAAAUAGCAAUUUGAAAAUGCUUAAAUAUGUUGCUAAUUUAUUUUUUGUAUAUAUUUGUUGAAUUUCGUGCAGCGUAUCUUGAAUAUAAAGUAAAAAUGUUUGACACAAUUGUCUAGUCACAAACAUUGCAGUCUAUAUUUGUCUAUUGCCAAUUUCAGUAGCUACUGAAUAUAUUAUGUAAAACUAUAUGAUAUAUUUAUAAUAAAAUAUUUUAACAUGUUU